AUGGCUGCAAAGAAGGCAGAAGCAUCUCUGAAAAGCCUUCACGCCGAACUAGACAAGGAUGUACCAAGUGCCAAAGCAUGUCUUGCUUUCCUUGGUGAGGCGGGCGAAGUACUGAAAGAUCUUGAUCAUGAAACAUUGGAAGAAUUGAAUGUGAUGAAGACAUUGGGCAAGAUGACCAGGUCCGUAAAGCGACACAAACGUUCUUCGGAGGAAGCGGAGGAUUGGGAAAGUGCGUUGAAGGUGGUCAAUAAAUUACAGCUGCAAUGCAAAACGAGUUCAAAGGUCGAUUCGAAAGCAAAACAGGAAAUAUCAAAGCCCUCAUCGCAACCGGGGAAUCAUUCAACUGUAAAGGAAUAUCGGGCUCGACUUGUUGUCCAAAAAAAGGACAUGUACAAAGAUCCUCCUGUACUGCCACCUCUCGACAUCAAAAUUGAGACCUCGUUUUGUCGCCCUCCUAAGCGAAACAAGGAGACAGGCAUGCUGUCUUUCGUAGCAACUACUUCAGAAGUUUCAAAUCUCCUCAAAGACUUUCAUCCGAAUCGUACGCCAGAAGAAGUCCUGAGAGCUGGCAGCUUUGGCGGCACGUAUUUUCGCCCCAUUUCGUCAGCAGUGACAAACGUUUCGUACAGCGCAAAUGAUGUGCUUGAAGAUUCGGUAGAAAAAGAUUGGAUAAAAGGUCUACCUAUGAAUAUGCUGACUUCAAAGACCUAUCGACCUGAAAUCAAUAAAUACGGCGUAAAAUGUGGAGGCUCGCUUGGAAUGUGGGAGUCAAGUGGAUGGAUAACUCCAGUAGACCCAUAUGGGUGGUUUCAGUGGUACUGCCGUUUCUACAGAGGUCGUCGUUGCGACGAUGAUGUACGCCAGAUAUCCCGAUGGUUGAAAAGUGCUGGUCCCAAGGGGCGUUUUCGGUCUCAACUCUGCAACAAAAUUAUAGCUGCACAGGCUGACCACAAUGACAAUUCGAUCAGCCCAGUCAUACGGCAGACAUUACUGCAUUGGGGCUUGGAAAUCACUCCAGAUGUCCUCACGAAACAUGCCAAAAGAGUUGGGAAAUGA